AUGAAUGUCGCGUCCAACCGUAAUGUCGCUUCGAUUCGCAAGUUGCGCGACCAGCCAACCAGUACCAGCUCGACAUUACUCGGCGCCAAUGUAGUAGGUCGCUUGGAACGAGGCGAUCGAGACACCAUUCUAUUGCACGACGUCAACAAGUUGAGCACGAUCCGUUGCUGCGUCGACACCUUUCACCAUGACUUGUUGAAUACGGUGGUAUGCAUUACGCAAUGGAACUUGAUAAAGCUGGCCCCUGAGCAAGAGUGGAUCGAAUUCGAAUUACGCCAUGUGUUUCGAGUAGGCAACAUGGCAGAGCCAGUGUUGAAGCAGCUUUUACUUCAGGAGCGUAUCAGUGCCGAACUGUUUUUAUCAAGUCAAUCAACCAACGACGACGAUGACGACGACGAUGAAUCAUGCGUAUCCAAACUCGGCCGAUUGGUUGCGAAACCGGUUAUUAUGAAUGACCAGUUCGUUAUCAAGGUGGACAACACAAUGGUUCUCUUCGAAGGCGAAUCGAUUGCAAGUCAUUAUCAUGAUUAUCGUGUUGGAUCCUAUUACUUGUUGAUCAACCUUAUUCCUAUCAAUGAUGAUGUGUACCGCUUUGUCCAACACCAAUCACGAUGCCAUCUUCUCACCAAUGAUGCCUAUGCCAGUCUCAGCAACAAGCGUGAAGUAUCCGAUACGAAUGAUGAUUACAUGCCUCAUGUCCAUCACGGCACAGUGACACGUAUCUUGGAUUCUGAUUUUGGGAUAUACGAGUUGGACGGGCAAGUGGUUGCAUGCUUGUUCCAUUAUACCAAUUACAACUUGCUGUAUCCAUACCGCAUUGGAACUCGACUCAGGAUCACACACGCUCAUCUUGUACAGCUUGAUUUGGAUGAUACCGUUGCUCUCAAGUCAUAUUGGAAGAUACCAGAGUGUCAAGUAUGCUUGGUCGCUUGCCUGUAUUCCGAUAUUCAAGUCGCUGCAUUUCCUAACCACGUUGACUCGAUCCCAUGGUCUCAGCCUACGACGCAUUAUUUAUUUCGGGAAUCCACCAUCACAUUGCCCAACUUUCCAACUCUCUUGCAAAAGCUCGACGCUCAUGCUGCGAUCAUCAAAAAGUUUGGUCAAGGACAAGAUGCGGAUACUUUGGGUAUGGCAGCACUCGGUCUCGCUCGUUGGUGUGUAUCAUGUGAUCAUCAAGACAAGGAGGAGGAAGAAGAGGAAGAGGACCCCUUAUUUGGCAGCAACAUGAAGAAUGAUCUUUUCGAGCAUGACGACAAGCAUUGUACAGCGCUAGGCAAAGGAGAACGUUUGACGUUUUAUUCGUUUCCUUCAUUAAAGGAUUUGGUCAACUUUGUUUUAUGCGAUGAACAUCAUCUUGAGGAGAAGCCGGUGGGAUAUCUAGCUGCAACCAGUGGCAAAGAUAUGAUUGGCGUCUAUACCAAGCAAUCUCUUUUUCCUAGUGGAGAGAUGGAUCACAUGAUACGGGUGUUGGGGAUGAUCGAGUGUGGUGAGGAUGGUCGAUUCUAUUUUAAAGAUGAUACAUACAAGAUACCUUUGGUCAUACCCACUGCUACUACGGCAGAUCGCAUGCCAUUACUGGAUGAUUAUUAUAUCAUCAAAAGGUUCCGUUUGAUUCAAGAGGAUCUAUCCUACACUGAAGAGAAGGGUAGAAACUUAUCAUUGGAUUCGACUUAUAUCGCGUGCGAUCUUGAUGAUAUGGAGCAUGUGGCAGCGGUUGGAUCUCGAAGACAAAGAAGCAUUCGAUUUACGCCACCUCUCUUACCACGUGAUCAAAUUGGCUAUUUUACGAUUGACGACUUAUCCAUCACCGACAUUGACACCUUGUUUCUCUUUUCAAUAAUCGAAAUCCAGCCUAUACGAGUGCAAGUGCAAGGAAAAUGCGCUUUCUCAUUACGAUCCAUGAUUCGCGCCAUUGCAUACCCUAUCCACAACCAUGACACAGCCGACAGCGAGCCUUUUGAAACGACCCUCGUGUUGACAUCGCAAUGGUUAAGAUACACACCUUAUUUACAUGAGGGAGGAUGGUUCGCAUUAUUGGGACAUCUCGACACCUAUACAGUGAAACGCAACAGUGAUUCCCAGCACAUCAUUGAUAUCUCAGCUUUUAUUCGCAACAAACGUAAGAGCAAGCUAUCUUUACCACCUACGAUUAUUCCCAAUGAGAACAAUGAGCUGCUUUUCGUAUCCACCGCAUCCACCAAGAACAAAGUGAUUCUUUCACUGAAAUCCCACCAGCGUACGACCUCAUCGACAAGAGUACCCGCCUAUAAAGAACGACCUAUAUACAGCAUACGUGACCUUCAGCAUGCCAACCUGGAACAUGGACCGAGUUUGACUGAAAUACACGAUCGAUAUCUUGAAGAGUGUUCGCAUGUCGAAGGGAUCGUCACGAUAAAGACUUUUCGUGAUACAGCACGCCCAAAAGGACCUAUUUAUAAAUAUGCCGAAUCAUUAUAUCAACAAUGGCAAUUGGGCACAGGACAACCAGGACGUACGACAAUGUUUCGACUACGGCAAGUGGAUGGACUCGACACAUUGGAUGUGUAUAUGGAUAUGAGUACACGACCCUACCCUCAGGGCAUUAUACCAGGAAGCCAGGUGAUAUUUUUCAACUUGAUGCGACGUCGACGUGCGGAUGGCAGCUAUUAUGCUCAAACAUCAGCCAAUACUCGAAUUCAAGUGGUCAAGAUGCAUUUCAAUCAUGCGGAUUAUCAACAAUUUGCAAGUGAAUUGAUUCCCAAUCGCAGCUUAUUCGAAGCAUGGAUGCUCAAUAGAGCCCAUUUCAGCGCCACCAAGAUCCCGCCGAGUGUUGCCAGCAAAUUGCAUUCUGUAUUUCGAUGCCAAUGUACACUUGAAGCCAUUCAUCAUCUCGACAUUACGUGGAUGUGCACUGGUUGUGGUACUAUUAUAUCGCAUGAUUCAUGUCUUGGCGUAUGUAAGAAUGCCCAUCGCUUGCUCUUGGUGAAUGCACAGGUGGAAUUGACGGAUGGCGUCACAUCAGCACGUGUAUUUUGUGAAGGCGAGAAACAAGUGCUUCAAAAGCUACUCCGAUUGCCAUCAGACACUGUGAAUGUACUCAAAGAAAUGGCCAUCCAACAAGGAAGUCUCACCUAUAAAAGCUGGUUGGAUGAUAAUGAUGAUGGUGGUGAUGAGCAAGUACUUGACAACAACAAUGACGAUGACGAGGAUGAUGAUGAUUUGCUGCGACAAGGAAACGCUCCCAAUGGUGACAAGCAACGCCACAACAAGACUGUAUCGCUCACUGAUCUAUGUCGACGUCACAUGUCGUAUCCAUACGCACUAUAUGGUCGCAUUCUCACUGAUAAGAAGACCAGAGUAAAAGUCAAGAAAGAUACCAAAAACAGUGCCAAGUUGCAAAAGCAUGGACUCGUUGCACGGCGUGUGAAUGGGGAUAUGGGCCAUCCCUUCCCAACGGCAAUCCCCCCAAAGCUUCGGAUCGUUGGCAUAGAGAUUGAACCCCUUGGACCAGCUGAAGUCGCAUGGGACAUGAUGAAAUAA